AUGCCUGGUACAGGCAAAGAAAUUCUCAACAAGAUGAAGGUGAAGGCUGGGUUUUUUUCAUCUGCAUCCAGUGACACAGGAAAAGGCAAAAGCAAAAUGUCAAAGCAUCUUACACAUGGUUAUCAUUCGGUUGAGGGAAAAUCAAAUCAUGUGAUGGAAGAUUAUAUAGUUUCUGAUUUCAAGCACAUGAAUGAAACCGAGUUGGGUUUAUUUGCAAUAUUUGAUGGCCAUUUGGGACAUGAUGUUGCAAAUUACUUACAGACACAUUUGUUUGAUAAUAUCUUGAAAGAGCAUGACUUCUGGACCGAUACAGAGAGUGCAAUAAGGAGAGCUUACCGUACAACAGAUGCUGAAAUAUUGGAGAAAGUGUUGGUCUUAGGAAAAGGUGGAUCGACUGCUGUUACAGCAAUAUUGAUCAAUGGCGAGAAGCUGGUAGUAGCAAAUGUGGGAGAUUCUCGGGCUGUUAUAUGCAAGAAUGGUGUGGCCGAACAGCUAUCAGUUGAUCAUGAGCCAAGCAUGGAAAAAGGAAUGAUCGAGAGUCGAGGUGGUUUUGUCUCAUAUAUUCCUGGGGAUGUCCCACGUGUUGAUGGACAGCUUGCUGUAGCAAGGGCAUUUGGUGAUAAGAGUCUGAAGAUACACCUUAGUUCAGAACCUGAUGUGGUCAAGCAGACGAUUCAUGAUCACACAGAGUUUCUCAUUCUGGCAAGUGAUGGCAUAUGGAAGGUGAUGUCAAACCAAGAAGCAGUAGACUCUAUAAAGCACAUUAAGGAUGCUCAUUCAGCAGCAAAGCACUUGAUAGAAGUGGCACUUUCUAGAAAGAGUAAGGAUGACAUAUCUUGUAUAGUUGUAAGAGUGAAAGUGGUCACAGUAGCAAUGCUUAGCUCAGGUCGUAAAGAGCUGAGAUUGCCAGGUUCAAGUUGGUCGAUAGCUUUGUAUCUUGGUUGUUUGGGGCAGGGGGUGAGGUUGUCAGAUCUUUCUCAUGAAGAAAGUUCAAGCAUGGAAAUCAGUCUCAUACCACAUCUUCACAUUCAGGAUUUUCCCAUGUGGGAAGGUCAGUUGAUUCAGAAACUAGAAUCAAAGGUGCGAGAAGCAGAACCUCUUACUACUCAUUGCCAUUCUGUGCAUGACAAUCAGCACUUGCUAGUUGCUAAGAGGCUCGACAUGAUUCUUGAAAAUGUGGAAACAGUUCUUGAAUCCCAAGCUGAGUUUUGCUUUAGGAUUGAAAGGAAGCAAAUAGAGAGCAUUUUGAAGCUGCAACAGGCCUUGGCAAUAUCUGGUUAUCAGAGGUGGGCACGUGAUGGUUUGCAUCUGAGUCUGGAUGGGCUUGGCACUAAUCGAAUGGGCUUUAGGCCUGUUGUGACCAAUGAAGCAAAAGGAAGUUUCAUGGUUCCUCUUGAAACAAACUAG